CGUCUAAUUGGUUGGCGGUGUGCUUCCAGUUUCAAAACUUGUGUAUCAACCGGAAGCUGAAGUAAUGAGUGACGUGAACGGCUCAAAAUAAACCCCUAACUGUCAAAUACGAAACAAGAAUAAGCUCACAGUUAAAGCGGACAUUGAGCCAACGAGCAACAGCUCUUUUAGCUUUUAGCUUUGAUGCUGCAGCUAACGUGCUAACCAUGAAAGCAACGAACAAACACAAGCAGGUAGUGACGUCAGGGAGGCUGACAGGAGGAGUCAAAGGACAGCAGGCCAGAAAACCGGCGACGGCAUCCGCCCAUCCAGAACCAGCCUUCUCCCUGUACUCCACUGACUCUGAGGAGCAGGUCACUUCUCUGCAUGAAGGUCUGGACCGCUGUGCUGCCCUGCUCACUGAUAUCCUCCAGGCUGACCUCACAGCUUCGCCAAGCCCUCCUAAAGCAGCGACGUUUCGAGCAGCCAAAUCAAGACCAUCCACCUCACUCAAGAAGACAGUGAAGAAACUACCUAGAAAGACAGCACAAAAGAAUCCUCAGUCUCUUCCACAUGGAGCAGCAAGCACCACUCCAAGGAGAGGUCAGAAGUCUCCAGCUGCUCAUUCAGGAGUGAAGCUGCAUCCAUCUCAGAGGCCUACUCCCAGGAAAGCUCAAGCCUCCCCCUCCAUUGCCCCAAAUCAGCUGCAGACCUCUGUAACUCCUACCCAGAACCCUAUCUCUUCUGUUAAGACCUCCAUCCCUUUUACCCAGACAUCCAUCCCCCCAUUUCAGCCUCAGAGCUCUGUCCUUCUCUCUGUGAACCAGUCAUCUUCUCAGCCAGGCCGAGCGCCUCUUAAAGCUGAACACGAUGAAGAGGAGGAGUCUGUUCCUGUGAGAGACAUCAACACCCAUCACGCUGCCAAAGACACGCGCACAGCUGUAGGACAUGUGCCUCCACAUGUCCUCAGCUGUUCCUCAAAGGUGUCGAACAUGCGCUUGGACCCUGGACAUGUUGAUGAAAUCCCUCAGGAUGCACACAUCAGCAUAGAGAGGGCAGUGAAAGAGAAGAAGGUGGAGUAUCUAUUGGGAGAACUCAAGGCUCUGCUCGCUGGACAAGGCAGCAUAGCAGAGAGGCUGCUCGGUCACCUGGAGGAGGCUGUGACCUUAAAUGUCAACAAUGAGAGUCUUUCAGACCCGUCAUCACUGUACAGCCAGAAUAUUCAGCUGCGCAGGCGCGUGAGGAUUCUGAACCAGCAGCUAAUGGAGAAAGAGAAAGCAGAGAGACAACAGAACACACACUGUAACUCAGGAGUGACAGUUCUGCAGGACCAGCUCACUGCAGCUCAGUGGCGACUGCAGGAACUGCAGCACGACCUGACUGAGCUGCGGGCAGCACUGCAGGACACACGGAGUGAGCUGAGAGACCGAGAGGCAGAGAACACCAUCAUCAGGACAGAUUUGGAAGCAACGAAACGCAGGCUGGUGGAUGUGGAAAGAGAGAAGAAUGAGUUGGCCUCAUUCUUCCAACAAAUACUGGAAGAGAAUGGGAACCUGAAGAGGUUGCCUCAAAGUCCAGAUUCAUCAGCUCAUCCUCCAGUCAUGAACAGCUCAGUGAUGUCGCCGCCACAUCAGCCUCCUACCGAGCGCAUCACUCACUACCUGAUGUCUCUCGACCGCCCUGGUCCCGCACGCACUCAGCAUGCAUCUGCAGACACAGAGAAAGGAGGUGGUGUCAGAGCUGUGGACAUCGCAGCGCCUCCUGUCCUCCAGUCUCACUGCUCACGUGAGCGGCGCUUGGACUCCACACUGUCCCAGUGUGACGCCGAGUCUGAGUGGUCAGAGUCGACGUUUAACACAAGAGACGAGAUGGCGUUCAGAGACGGCUUGGAAGCUCUGGACGCCAGCAUCGCCAGUCUGCAGAAGACCCUUCAGCUGGAUUUGAGGAGGUGAUCCACCCUCAGCCUCUCUGUUUUUUUUAUUUUUUAUUAUGAAUUACAGCACAAGCUUCAUUUUUACCCCACAGUUUUUAUUAUUUAUAAUCUAAGAUUGGAAAUAAAGCAAUAUGUAAUACUA